AUGGCCAACCGUCCUCCAAACCCUCGACUUGGCUCGAUCAACCCUGUCUUUGACCCAAAGAACACAGAAAUUCCAGUCACCCCGGGCGUAGAUGUCACUGGCCGCACCUCUUUCUUCCAAACUCAACAAAUCUCUUCUCCUGAAGUUGCCUCACCUGAAGGUACCGGAAAACGCAAUCAACAUCAAAUCAGGACUCAACUNGACUCAAGUGAAGGUCAAAAUGAUGGUGCUGGAGAAGACGUACUUCGUCGUUUGAGCUUGAAGGGACAUCAGCAAACCACUGACCAAGCUGAUGUUGACCCCAAGGCCGCCCACCCGAGCUUGAAUCUAAGUGGUCAAGUUAUCAGCGCCUUCUUCACUGUUCCCCACAAGAUCGGCUAUGCUGCAGGAUCAGAGUGGGAUCUCCAGAGUCGCAGAGGCACAUCUGCACUGUUCGAUUCAUUUGCUCAUCUGUCAUCAAACGAUUCUCCCUGGAACCACACUCUUGUAGGCUGGACUGGAGAGAUUCAACCAAAGACUCGUAACGGUGUUUUCAUGGACGAGAACAACGUGUCAUCCAUGAGCGUAGCACCUCUCAACAAAGCAUCCGCGCCCAUCCCUGUAGACUCAAAUGUUCCGGCACCCGAGCCUGGCUCAAACGAAGGAAUGCGAAUCAGCAAGGACGAUCGUCAGAAGCUGGAGAGAAUUCUUGACCGUGAUCCUCAAGGCAGAACCAUCCCUGUCUGGCUGGCCGAUGAGAUGGACGGCGAUGUGGCUGUCAUGAGAGACCAAGCUAGAUGGCGUCGUUAUGCCGAGCACGAGCUAUAUACUCUGUUCCACUACAAGCAGAAUGAGCCCACCGAUGGGCGCUCCAUUCGUAAGGCCUGGGCUGACUACUUCCGCUUGAACAAAGCCUUCGCCGAUACCAUCCUCUCGACCUACAAGCCCGGAGACAUUGUUCUUAUCCACGACUACCACUUGCUUCUGCUCCCAGGACUUCUCCGUCAGCGCAUCCCUAACAUCUACAUCGGCUUCUACCUUCACGUACCGUUCCCCAGUAGUGAGUUUUACCGUUGCUUGAGCAGAAGAAAGGACAUUCUCGAGGGUGUUCUCGGAGCCAAUAUGAUCGGCUUCCAAGCCUUCAGUUACUCUCGCCACUUCUCUUCAUGCUGCACUCGUGUGCUCGGAUUCGAUUCUUCGGCAAACGGAGUCGACGCCUACGGAGCCCACGUCGCCGUUGAAGUGCUUCCUAUUGGCAUCAACGCUGCCAAGACUCAUGAAAUGGCAUUUAACGAUGCUGCAGUUGACGAGAAAAUCGCUGGUAUCAGAGAGUUGUAUGCUGGCAAGAAGAUCAUUGUUGGCCGUGAUCGUCUGGAUUCUGUUCGUGGCGUUGCUCAAAAGUUGCAAGCUUACGAAAUCUUCUUGGAGCGCCACCCCGAGUGGCACGACAAGGUUGUUUUGAUCCAGGUGACCAGCCCCACCAGUGUCGAAGACAAGGAAGAAGGCACGGAUAGGACCGCCAACAAGAUCUCCGACUUAGUUGCAAGAAUUAACGGCACUUACGGAUCGUUGAGCUUCACUCCUGUUCAACACUAUCCUCAGUACUUGUCAAGAGAGGAAUACUUUGCGCUUCUCCGCAUUGCCGAUGUCGGACUGAUCACAAGUGUCCGUGAUGGAAUGAACACUACCGCCCUCGAGUAUGUCAUUUGUCAGAAGGACAACCACGGACCAUUGAUCAUUUCCGAGUUCUCUGGAACCGCUGGCAGUCUGGGUAAUGCUACACACAUCAACCCCUGGGAUCUUGGAGGCACCGCAGACGAAAUUCACCAAGCCUUGGUUAUGGAUCCCAGACAAAAGUACGAGAUGCACAAGAAGUUGUACAGAAACGUCACAACCAACACCGUGCAAACAUGGACAAGCAACUACGUCAAACGUUUGCUCACCAACCUUACCUCGUUCAACCAAGCAAUUGCCACACCUGCCUUGGAUAAGACCAAGCUCCUCACUCAGUAUCGCCAAUCGGAGAAGCGUUUGUUCAUGUUCGACUACGACGGAACGUUGACUCCCAUCGUCAAGGAUCCUCAAUCGGCCAUUCCCUCCGACCGAGUCAUUCGCACUCUCAAGACACUGGCUUCUGAUCCCCGCAAUGCUGUUUGGAUCAUCAGUGGCCGUGACCAGGCUUUCCUGGAUGAGUGGAUGGGUCACAUCUCGGAGCUUGGACUCAGUGCUGAGCAUGGUAGUUUCCUACGCAAGCCCAAGAGCGAACAUUGGGAGAACUUGACAGAGAAGGAAGACAUGUCUUGGCAACAGAAGGUCAUUGAUACCUUCCAGCACUACACCGAGCGCACCCAAGGCAGUUUCAUUGAGCGCAAGAAGAUCGCUUUGACCUGGCAUUACCGUCGUGCAGACCCUGACUGGGGUGUGCACCAAGCCAAUGAGUGCCGCAAGCAGUUGGAGAACACUGUUGCCAAGGAGUAUGAUGUCGAGGUCAUGCCUGGCAAGGCCAACUUGGAGGUUCGUCCCAAAUUUGUCAACAAGGGUGAAAUCGCGAAGCGUCUAGUUGAAGAGUACGGUCACGAGAAAGGCAUGGCACCUGAGUUUGUCUUGUGUCUGGGAGAUGAUUUUACCGACGAAGACAUGUUCAGAUCUCUCAGCAACUCAAGACUGCCUAAGGAGCACGUCUUCUCGGUCACUGUUGGCGCAAGCUCAAAACAGACACUGGCUAGCUGGCACUUGCUUGAGCCGUCGGACGUCAUCUCAGCUGUUGCUAUGCUUAAUGGCUCUGUUGAUGCACCCAACGUUGGCCCAAUUUCUGUUGUAGAGGGAAGUAUUCCCGAGACUCGCAAUGGAUAG